AUGUCUAUCUCCGACGAUCAUAUGCCUCCGGCGAAGAAGAUUCGUACGAGUCCGAGCCAACAACCGCGAGAGAGCCAUCAAGAAGAGUUAUCUUCCUCUGCAUCCAACGAAACAGAGAUGUAUAUCUCCGACGAUCCUAUGCCUAUGUCUCCGGCGAAGAAUAUUCGUACGUGUCCGAGCCAACAAACGCUAGAGACCAGUCAAGACUCUUCUCUCUUGCCAUCCACGGAACCGGAGAUUCUUCUCUUUGGCACUUACAUGACUCCAGGGAAGAAGAGUCAGAGGACGAUGUGGCAAGAACCGCGAGUGAUGUCUGCUUCUCCGAUGAACACAGACGAAGAAGACUUGAAGAAGACUACUGAUUUAUUGGAGAAAGAGGAGGAGCGAAACGUAGUCUCUACGAAACGACCUCUUGUUAAAGCUGUUCCAGUGAUCAUCAAGAAGAUACUGACCGAGAACGACAUACGCGGGUACUUUUAUCUGAACGAAGGCGACGUCGAGAGCCACAUCCUGAGAUAUCUCUCUGAAGAUGACCAAAAGAACAAACUCCGACAAGGUGAUGGGAUUGACGUUAAUGUGUACGACCACGACACGCGCACUACGCAUCGGAUGCUUCUGGUGAGAUCGAAAGCGAACCAUCCCCAUUAUCGUCUAAAGUAUAGCUGGUACUUUGAUUUUGUCGAGAGGAGAGGUUUGAAGAUAGGAGACGAGGUUGAACUCUUCUGGGAUUCUAAGUUUCAUAUUCGGGUGCUUUCUCGUGGAACCGCAGACGGCGAAAACAAUGAUUAG